AAGCAGUGUCUCUCAUAGAUCAUAGCAUUCAUUUUUUUGUUUCUUUUUAAGUGAAAGAGUACUUGAUGGCACAAACCUUAAUGUUCGAAGAUGGUAAUAAUGCAGGAGAACUAGGAAAAGAGACCUCACAUACUGAAACAACAAACUCUACUCCUCCUUUUACCAGGGCUAUAAGGGAUGUCUUGUCUCUCUGCAAACUCCGGCGGAUUGUGGUGUCCUUUCUACUGGCUUUGUUUCCUUUUCCUGUGGAGCGUGAAUUUCACUUGGACUUGGAAAUAUUUUUGACUGCUCGUAACAGGAAUUGCCGGAAGAAAAUCCAUCCUUGUGAAUCGAGAUGUUUACUUUUAAAGUUCUCACGCGAGAUUGCCCAAGUGGUAUUUACUGGAGAGUGUAUGUUUCCCGAAGGAACCAAACUGGAAUUGGUUAAUGCUGUUAGGGGACAACAUGUGAGACAGGGACCUCUAGCCUCAGCACUAGUUGAAAUAUUUCUACUUAAUGGCGAGGAAAAUUGGACAAUUGAAGAACUAAACAGUCAUAUCAUGAUGCAAAAAAGAGGUGGAAAAUCAGAGUGCGGCAAAAAUCCAUAUUUGAGGUUGGAAGGAGGCGUUGUUUCUGUUGACGAAAUUAAAUUCAAGCACAGACAAAAGCAUAUGAAGAAGUUGGAAAUGGUAAGGCUAGGAGCACGAGUUGUCAAUCAAUCACACCGAGUUAUAGUGAAAGAGGCUGUUACAGGACCCCUCACUAUCAAGGAUAAACGUUUAAAACCAAAGAAGCGGUACCCUCCAUCACCAACUGAUGACGUAUGGAGGCUAGAGCAGAUUUACAGAAAUGGUGCUUUCCAUAACCGGUUGACUGAAAAUGGUAUCAAAACCGUGGAGGAUUUCCUAAUCGAACUCUACAACAAUCCUCGGAGGCUACGCUGUAUCCUUGGCAAAAGCAUGUCUGAUGAUUAUUGGAAAAAGGCUACAACGCAUGCUAAGACAUGUAAUAUUGAUGGAAGAACAUACUUGUAUUAUCAUAUGGAGACAGAACAAAAAUUUGCAGUGGUGUUUAAUGUUGCUGGCCAGGUGAUGUUGUUGGACUCAGGGUGCGGUUUACAUCAAUUCAACAAACUCUCUGAAUCUCAAAAGGUGUAUGCACACAAGUUAGUGGAAACUGCAUUUGCAAACUGGGAAAGUGUCCUAAAAUUUGAUAACGAUAUUUCUAUCACGGAUCACUUAUCAUCGUCCAUAUUAUCCCCAUUAUCCUGUCCCAUGCUUGAUGAUUUCCAGCAUUCAGAACUUCAACUUACUUCAACGUCAAAUUUUUUUCAGAGAACUGCUGAAAGUAGCCAGUGGGUGGUCAGUGCAGAAUGUUCCACUUCUUAUGCAAUUGUCGACCAGCAAGCAGAGCCAGAUGGCAUGUCUUUUGAUAUCCCUGCUUCUGGCUAUACAACAACUCCCAACCAGACUCUGAAUUCAGGAGAUUAUUGGGAGAAAAUCAUGCAGCUUCUUAAUUCUGAUGAACUUCAAUUUGAGGAUUUCCCAUACCGAGAGCCUGGCCAAGCCACCUACUCUGCUGCUGAAACAAGUUCCACGCAGUUUUAUGGAUUGCAACAUGAUGAGUGUAUGGAUCUUUCCCAAAACCAAUUCACGGACUUGAUGAUAUCUGAAGAUCUGCACACGGUCAUCCAUGAAGAUGGCACAAAUGCUAAUCAAUGGCAUGAAAUGAAUGAUAUCUCAAUGGCUCCUGUGGCCUCUAUGUGCAAAGGCAAGUCGAAGAAGAGCUGGGCCAAGAUAUCUAGCAUACUCCGAUGGUUCUCAUUGAAAAGGUUUGUUAAACUUAAAAAGGUCCAAAUUACCAAGAAGCGGAAAUUAUCCAGAUAAGCAUAUGGUAAACAGGAACCACUGGCUCUGUCACAUUUAGGUGGAGAUCGAUCAGCAGUCAUCAAUGUUUAUACCGUGUGAUGCUUUUAGUUCAUCGUUGAAACUAGUGUGGGUGAUUUUUAUGAAUAACUUGAGUUCAUGCUUUAAUAUGAACUAGUUGACGAGUUUGAAUUGUUGGAACUUAUGAAAAAUGUAAUGAUUUUAAUUAUUAGUAUUAUGUCUGAAAGAACGAAUGUCAAUUCGAAUUGGUGGAGGAACAUGCCUACAAUAAUAUUUGUGUACAGUUAAACAUGCUUUGGAAUUAAGUGGUCCGCUA